AUGGAGGAAGUCAUGAGCAGGCUGCAGACAUUGAGUGCAGAUCAACUACGGCAGGAGAUUAUCGGAGCAGGGCUGAAGUGUGGCCCCCUUACCCCCACUACAAGAGCCAUCUUUGAGAGGAAGCUGGCCAGAGCCCUCCUGGAGAAGCAAGGAGGGGAUGGAGGGGUGACUGAUAGAGGUAGCUCCUCCAAUACAGAGUCUAAUGGACCCACAACGAACAGAGUAGAAACUGACCACAAUCUGGGACUCAAAUCACCAGCAGAGGAGGGUAAAGAGACAGAGGAAUGGGAUGAACCAGCACAUCCCCUUGUUCACUAUGGUGUAUGUCCUCAUUGGGAGGAGUCAGUGGUAGCUGAUGACAAAGUCCAUGUAUAUGUGGACCGGAAGAAAGCUCUGAGAGCAAUGAUGACAAUGAAAGGGUCCAGGUUUAAGCCCUUUUCAACACGAGAGGAAGCUGAGAAAUUCUCAAAAUGCAUGAACGACAUUAGCCCUUCAGUCAGCCAGGCGGGCCCCAGAGGGUGCUGGAACCCUAUCGCAGGGGGAACUUCACCUGUGAACCUGGAGAGGGCCAAUGAUUUCCGUAGCCCCCGCACCCAAGACCUGACAGCCAAGCUGAGGAACGCUGUGGAGAAGGGGGACAAGGAAGCCUUCAGCAGGCUGGUCUGGGCCAACCCACGCUACCUCAUCGGAUCUGGAGACAACCCCACCAUCGUCCAUGAAGGGUGCCAUUACAAUGUCCUGCAUGGGGCGGCCAAAGAGAACCAGUCUGGGAUGGUCCAGCUCCUCCUGGACACCCUGGAGAGUCCAGACUUCAUGAGACUCAUGUAUCCUGAUGACCAGGAAGCCAUGUUACACCAACGCAUCCGCUACCUCAACACACCUGGCAAAGCAAUCAAUGAAACUCCUCUUCACUUUGCCUGUAAGUUUGGAUGUCCAGACGUGGUCAACAUGCUGUGUUGUCAUCCUGGUUCUGACAAACAGCGGCAGAACAAGUACAACCAGAAGCCCUCUAGUGUGAUAUGCGAGAGGAAAAACAAAACCCCUGUCAUAAAAAAGAAAAUCAAGGAAUAUUUGGAGGAACGGCGCUAUGUUCCCUUGCUGAGGGAUACCAACAACAGCUUCCAGCCUGUGAUUGGCUUGCCAUGGUCUCCACGCCCAUUGGAGGUGGAUUUUAAUUCGCUGGGAUCUGCAGUGGUCGGGAGUCCCAUAGAGCCAGUCAUGACUGUGAAAGCUUUUGUGGGACCACUCAGUCCUUCUAAGGCAGAUGAGUUCCACAGACUAAGGAGAACUCCACCCAGGGAUUGAGCAGAGUAUUUCCACUGUAUUCUCAAAUCUGACCCUGACCGGGGAGCAGAGCGUGUGGGGAGGGAGAUUGCACAUGACAUGGGGCAUCCUUGGGCAGAGUACUGGGACUUCCUGGAUAGCUUCAUUGACCUGUCUACAGAGGAGGGACUGAGGAGGUUGGAGGAGUAUCUGGAUAGGAAGGACCAGACUGAGCCUCCCCUAGAAAGAUAUGGGAAGACAGAGGGGACUGGUGCUGGAUUUAAAACAUCAACCCCCGCCAAAGACGAGCAGAACCAGAGCCAUGUCCUGAUAAACAACAUCCUGAAUGACAGAAGGAAAGAGGGCCUGGGCCUGGGGGAUGACAGUUUCUGGAGGACCUGGGAGGGGAGCCAGGGGAAGAGGCAGGUGGAGGAGCUCUCCAACCCCAGCUCAGAGGAGUAUCUGACAGCAGACGAGGGCUCAGACUCUGAGUGCCCAGGUAGUCCCAGAGAUGGGCGAGACGGGAGAAGAGAAAGUAGAGGCUCAGGAUCCUCUAGCGUAUCUUACAAAUCCACGAAAGGAGACGCUUCGAAAGAAACAAUUCUGACAACCGACACCCCUACAAGACGAAGACAGGAACUGUUCAUGGACGGGGAAUGUCCCACCAAGUUGGACAGUGAGGUCCUGCCUGCAAUGAAUAACAUGGAGAUUGACCCUGAGAGAAACCCCUGCAUUACUAGGUGGAGGAACACCAUUAUGGCCUAUCCCUCUUCACAGUGGCUAAGCCGGCCAAGGCCGACAAGGAGGAAAAGCUUGACUGGGACACCAAACUGUUCUCCCAGCAGGCUCAGCUUUUGCAGCCCAGGCCCCCACACUCCUGCUCAGAGCUGUUACACCCAGACCAUCCUCUGCAGGACUCUCUUCCGCUCCCCAAACUGA